AUGGCCAAACUAAACUUAUGCAAAAGUGCUGGGAAUUCAUAUAAUCUGACUAAUGAAAAUCCAAUCGAAGAAAAAUAUGAAGGGAAUAAUAUUAUAGACAACGAUUUAAAAUUUUCAAUCAAAAAUAAAUAUUCGAAAAAAAGAUCAUUGAGUAAUCGAGCAAGUGCAACAAGUGAUAAUAGUUAUAUUAGUGGUGCUGAAAAAAUAAGUACCGGAGGAAAAUUGACAAAUUUAAUCAAUACAAAUAAUUUAGGAAAUGGUGAUAUAGGGGAUGAAUCACAUAAUUCAAGUGAAAAUAGAUUAGACUAUGAAGAAAUAGAUAUUAUAAGUAAAAGUUUAAAUCACCAUUUAAGUAGAGGAAUAGGAGAUGAGUCAGUAAAAGCUUUAAUUACUCAAGUGAGUUAUAGUCACUUAUUUACUUUGUUAAAAAAUAUAUUAACAUAUUUACCAUUCUCUAUAAAUGAUUAUUUAAUAGGGACUCUCGAAUUAAAAGAAAUUAUAGAUAGUAAAUAUAAUACAUGUUUUCAAUUAUAUAAAAAAGAUGAAUUAAUGGAUUAUAUAUAUGAAAAUGAAGUUAUAAAUUUAGUAGACGAUAAAGUAUAUAAUUUAUUUAAUAAAUAUAAAAUGGUGAAGAAUAAAAAAGGACCUAUAGAUCAUUUACAUGUAAUAAAUUUUAAAGAAAAUGCAACAAACCCAAGUAUAGAAGAAAUAUUAAUUGAAAAAUCCAAAAUUUUUAUUUAUAAGAUGAAUUCAUUUAUAGCUGGACGAAAUAAAAAUUUAUCUUAUAUAUAUGAAAUAUGUCAUGGAUUAAAAUAUAAAACAGAUACAUUUUUAUUAUCUGUUUUUAUAUUUGAUUGUUAUAUUCAUAAAAUAAAUACAAUAACAAACAAAAAUCAUUACAAAAAAAUAAAACUAUUAGUUAUUAUUUGUUCUAUUUUAUUAGCUCUAAUUAAAACUCAAGUUUUUAAUGGAAAUAGUAGUAGUAUGUAUUUAAAUGAUAUUCUUUACUUUAUCAAUAAAUUAAAACGUGAUAAAGUAAAUUAUACAUGUAUAGAAAUAUCGAAUAAACAAAUGGAAAUUUUAAAAUUUUUACCAUCAAAUUAUAAUAACUAUUGUUCUUAUUCAGAUUUAACCUAUGUUUAUUUUAUUAAUUUAAAAAGUUGUUCAAAAAAAUAUCCAGCUAUAAAAAUAUAUUAUAUAUUUUUAGAACAUUUUGGAUUUUUAUAUUAUAUUUAUGAUGUAAUUUAUGCAUAUUCCAUGUAUAUAACAGCUGUAGGAUCUUAUCAACUGAUUCCCCCAAGUAGAAUUGUAUCAACUAUUAUUUUGUAUUUUUCAAAUGCCUUUUACAACAGAAUGAGUAAUAGCUUAUUAUUUCAAGAGAAGUUUUGUGAAGAGAUAUUUCAUUUGCCUUUUGCAAAUGAUUUAUUUAUGUGGUCAUAUCUUUUUUUGGAUAAUUUUAUUUAUUUUUUUGAAAAUUGCACAUUUCCUAAUAAGCAUUAUUCUUCCAUAUAUUCAAUUUUUUACGAGACAGGACGUAUACUCAAUAUUCGUACUGUUUUUUAA